AUGACGCGCAUCUCCGAAUCCAUCAAGCAGGACCACCGCGAGCUCGAGAAUGCUUACAACAAGAUUAAAAGUGCCACAACCGCGGACGAGAAGACCCGUUGGCAGAACCAGUUCACCUGGGAGCUUGCCCGCCACUCUAUUGGCGAGGAACUCGUCGUCUACCCGGCCAUGGAGAAGUACCUUACCGAAGGCAAGACCAUGGCCGAAAAGGAUCGCGGCCAGCAUCAGACUGUGAAGGAGCAGCUUUACAAGUUCCAAGGUCUCAAGGCCGAUGAUAAAGAGUUCAUGCCCACCCUUCAGUCUCUUUGGACUGAACUUAGCGAGCAUAUCAAGGACGAGGAAAAUCAUGAUCUCCCUGCACUGGAGAAGAAGUUACAGGAGAUCGACUCGGAAGAUCUGACGACUAGUUUCGAGAGGACCAAGAUGUUCACCCCGACCAGGAGCCACCCUUCCGCUCCGGACAAGCCACCCUACGAGACAGUGGUAGGACUCAUGUCAGCCCCCAUCGAUCGCUUGGCGGACCUCUUCCGAAAGUUCCCUAAGGAUAGUUCUCCUGCUUCUGGCGGAAUGACUUGAAUGAGCAUCGAUCUAGCAUGG